GUGUGAAAAGGGACAAAUCCCGGUACAACGUGAACUGAAGCUGGUCAACCAUUGUUUUAUUUUGAAGGUUGAAACCGAACCGGUAGUCUGUCUAAUUAGGUAAACGUUUCAGUCGACCUCGCAGGCAAACCCUUCCCUUGUGUUUUUCCGGGGUUGCAGUAUCGUUAAGGGUACCUGUCGUACGUUACCUUUAGCUGGAGGCUGAUUUUAACACUCCAAACGCAAAAGAUAAACACCUUAGUGUUUACGAGACAUAACACCCAGAAGUUGAGGAAGUCGGUCUCUGUGUCGAGCUAUUUGACGUUAACACGGAGGGCUAGCUACGGCUGAACUAGCUACGAACUCUAGCUAGCAUCGCCGAAGGUAUGAUGGCUGAAGAAGUUUGUUUCGGGAGACAAAAGUUUGACAACUUUGUGAAGCAAUAACGUUAAUGUUAGUUAGCUGACGUUGAGUUCAAGGCUUGGUCAACCGAACUGAUUGACUUGUAGCUAGCCGGUGCUAACUUGUUUAUUGAGCAUUCCUAAAUGUAAUGUUAUCGAAAGCAGCACUGGCAGUUUCAGAGGUUGCCAGGUUUAACCAAAGACAUGUAGACAAGAAGUUUGGCUUAGAAAUGCUUUACUGCCAUUAAGGGUAUUGUAAGUAAUGCAAGGGGGUCACCCCUUUUCUCUGAACUUCUCAAACACACCAACUGGUGUGUCUGUCGCUGGAGGACGUGAUUGUGCCCUGUCCUGAAAUCUUUGUGAAAGAGUAUUACAACUUCACAACUGCACUGGCAGUACAUACAUGCUUUCCCCCAUAUGCUCACAGAGCUGCCCAGCCAACCGAGGCAAAAAGAGCUGAGAACCAACAGUCUGCCAACAAUAAUACAACUCCAACAAGCUCAGCGAGAAAGAAUGACAGCUGUGGUAGGCAGAGCAUUGGGGUGGGUGCGCACAUGGGGCAGCAGUGCCAUGUCAGAGAAUACCACAGUGGUUGUAGCCAAAGACCAGAAGCAUGGCUGUGGCAGCCAGAGUCUCAGUGGGUGGACCUCUUGGAUCUGGGGAGGGUGGAGACGUCAAAGUGAACAAAGUAUUCCAGUAGACGAGUACUGGGAGGCGCAGGAGAAGCCCAUGGAGGUUGAAAAUCUCUGCAUAGGGAAACAGGAGACUGUGGUAGAUUCCGAACAGGUUACUAGAUGGUGGAAUAAAUAUCUCCCAACUUCCUACAUUUUGUGGCCAGGAAAAACCGAGCCAAGCAGACUAACACAAAAGAAACAUGAUGGUCAGAGUGGAGAUGUGUGGGACCAUGAAAUUGAUGGGGACUUUUCUGACUACAGAACACCACCUCCGUCACCUAUACCUCCUUCCUCUCAGCUGACAUCUCCUUUCCGAUUCUUUGCGCACAGCUGGAAAGUGGAAAUCUUACCAGAGCACUACGAGAUCUGUUUCAACUUCCUCCGCCACUUGUUUGAUCUGUUUGUCGUUGGCUUCCUGUGGACUGUGUCCCCUCCUGCCAAGCUGAUCCUGGAGGUGUUGGGGGUCCAGGGAGCACUGAGGCUGUGGUUUCAUGGUAUGGCUAUGUUUUUUGUUUCCACAGUUGGAAUGGCAGGAUUACUCUGGUUGAUCCAGGAGUACCUCCUGCAGUUCGCUUUGAUCUAUGGCAUCAUACAGGCAUUAGUGAUCUCUGUUAGUGUUCGACAGCAUAUGAUAAUCGGCGUGGAGGAAGACAAAGAAGAAAAGGAUGAGGAGGGAAAUGAGACUGAUAAAAUGACAAACAUUAGGGAACAUAAAGAAAAACUUGUCUGUAAAGGACAAGGUGAAGACAAGUUAAACUUCAGAUGCUGAGAAGUUUCUGUCUGUUCAGCUGUAUCAGACCUCAUCCAGAUGUUAGAUAUCACAAUGUUGGGAUUACACAGAGAGACUUUCACUUCACCACUGUGUUCUGCAGUGUGACUUGAUUGUAUUGCACAUUGAUUACAAACUCAUAGAAGUUGUACUCAUAUGACUUUAGGUUCAACAAUAUUGAUCUGCAUUUUAUACUGUAGGUAUCUGUCCUCAUUUGAUCUUAAUGUCCUCACCAGAAUGUUGACAUUGAUAGCCAUACAAAGUUUAAUAUCAAAAAGUAUUUACCACUAUCAUUUGGGUCAGACAUUAUAUGGUCGGUGAAUGUUCAGGAAACGUGUGUUUAAAUCGAAACAAGGGAGAGAUUCCCAGUAUUUGGGGAAUACUGCAUUUUAUGCCAUUUACAUCUUAUUGUGCUGUGGGGGCUUUCAGAGUGAGAAGAUAAUCUAAUUUGAACUCAAGACAACCAAAUACACAACCUGAUUCAGUAGAAAUUUUAGGCAUCACUACAAGGAGGAAAGAAAUGCAAACCCAUAUAAACCACUACAUUAAUAAAAACUAAAAAAAAAAAAAA